UAAAGGGUCAUGGGAUCUUGGAUUUCUAAUAGCAAGCAGCAGUAAGACCUACUGCUGUUCCAUUUGGAAAGUUGAUGGCAAAACUCCCAUAGACUUAAAUAAGAGCGAUAUCAGGGACAGCAAGGUUCAUGUCCAGCUAAUCCUGUCUAUCAGAAGUUUAUUUUUAGUGCAGAAUUAGCUGAGGUCAGAGUUGACACUGUCGGGUUUAGGAAGCUGUUCAGUGUCUCUCUCAAGGACUGACUUUGAAUGGUAUGGGGAAGAAACAAGUGGUGAGUUCAGUUCUAGGGAGCCUUUAAUUACAUUAUCUGUGUAUUUUUUAAUCGAAAUAAAGUCUUUGGAGCAUGGAGAUUUUUUUCCUUUGUCCAGUUCACUUAUUUAAUACAAAAUCGGAAUCUAAGCUGCCUCAUUUUUUCUAGGUGAGAAAAAUGUAUCAGUGCCCACCCCGUGCCCUUCCCCCAGUUCCAAGUGGAAGCCAAGAUGAAAUUCCACUUAGUCGUCCGAAAAGAAAGAAGCCCAAAGGAAAAAAUGCACUGGAGGGUAUUGUUCAUGCAGCUGUCCGUCGGCCAUCUGAGAGUAGCGAGCCUCUAACUCCUGAGGUUCAGGAUGCUCCACCUCAGAGGAAACGCAAGAAGAAGAGAAUGCUUCCUGAAUCUGAGACCUCUUUCAUCCAGCAGAAUGUGCCCAACACAUCCUUUUUUCAAACUGGAAAUGGCAUGGAUCCCCAGCCCUCUGAAGAAACAGUGAUUCGUAAACAUCGAAAAAAAACAAAGAAGACUCGGCCAGCAGAAAUGCAGUGUUCCAAUGAACUGGGAGUGGAGGAAGAGGACAUUAUUGAAGAUGAACAAACAAAAAGUCCAGAUCAGCAACCUGUGUUUGCUGCUCCCACUGGUGCUAGCCAGCCUGUGAGCAAGGUGUUUGUUGAAAAAAAUCGGCGUUUCCAGGCAGCUGACCGCACAGAAUUGGUUAAAACCACAGAAAACAUUGAUGUAUUUAUGGAUGUAAAGGCUUUAUGGACCACCAGGGAUGUGGCACUCUCAGUGCACCGUGGUUUCAGGGUGAUUGGACUCUUUACUCAUGGCUUCCUUGCUGGCUAUGCUGUGUGGAACAUUAUUGUAAUAUACAUUCUAGCAGGAAACCAGCUAUCCACUCUCUCAAACCUGCUACAGCAGUACAAGGCCUUAGCAUAUCCUGCCCAGAGUUUCCUUUACUUGUUGUUGGCUAUCAGCACAGUUUCAGCCUUUGACAGGAUUGACUUGGCUAAAGCAUCAGUAGCCGUGCGAGGCUUCCUGACCCUGGAUCCAUCAGCCAUAGCCUCUUUCUUAUACUUUGUUGCUCUCAUCUUGUCUCUGAGCCAGCAGAUGACAAGUGACAGAAUCAACCUCUAUACACCACCUUCGGAGAAUGGGAGCCUCUGGACCGCAGGUGCAGAGGAACAGAUUCUUCAGCCAUGGAUUGUGGUGAAUCUGGUGGUAGCUCUUCUAGUUGGGCUAUCCUGGCUCUUCUUAUCUUACCGACCAGAGCUAGAUCACAGUGAAGAACUGAUGUUUCAUGCUGAAGUAGAAGAAUUUCCUCAGCUGGAUAAAGGCCUCAAUGUCCAGUCGUAGUGCAGAAAAUGCAUCUUCAAAUACUGUAGCUGAGACUGAGGACUUAGCACUUAUACAUGUUUUGUACCUGUAUAUAAUGCUUUUCUACAAAACAAAAUUUGUAUUUUUGUAUAUUUUUAUAUGUACUUGUUUCUGAUGGAUCUUUUAUUUACUUAUGCUAUUUUAAAAAAUUCCAAAGAUUUUUGAAAAUAGGAGUAUAAAACAUUUUAUAUUUUU